GGCAAUAUAGUAUGACUUGAUGAUGCAAACCUUCCCCUGCAAUUGUGGUCAAGUGCCUUCAUUCCUUGAGUUUUGCUCGAAAAGAAUAGCUUUCUUGAGUCAAUAAGCAUCAUUCCGUUUUUGCUGUCAAAUUUCUCUAAUGCUUUUGGUUCCCUUUCUGCAUGAACAACUAAAGCAUAUCAGAAGCUAAAGCAUAAUCAGGAAAAAAAGAAGUCUCAGAAGCAAGCAAAGAGGCAAUAAUAAUACAGGCAACUACUCCAUCUCUUGCUUCUCUCUAUACAAUCUCCCAAUGUUUCAGUCUUCAGAUAUCCAAAUCCCCCAUUGCAAGCCUCCUCUUGUAGCUGCUAUUUCCUCCUGGCCUUUCUUGGCCUCUGCAUUUGCUCACCUCCUCGAAUUGUCGAGGAAGCUCAUGCCUUGAUUUUUCUCUGUUUUGAACUGCAAUUGCAGGGAUGGCGGACCACUUUGCAGUAAUGGCCGGCCGGUUGCUAACGGAAUCGACUGUUCAGUCUGCCAUUGAUGAGGCCUCUGCUGCUGCCAUGCCUUCUUCAGUGAUUGCUUCUGAACAUAAUGAUGUUCAAGAUGAGAGGGAGAAGAGUGGUGUUCUUGUAGAAUGUAGAAUUUGCCAGGAAGAGGAUGAUCAGACCUACAUGGAGACCCCUUGCUCCUGCAGGGGCAGCUUGAAGUAUGCUCAUCGCAAAUGCAUUCAGAGGUGGUGUGAUGAGAAGGGAGACACCAUAUGUGAGAUAUGCUUACAGCAAUACACACCAAACUACACAGCACCUGCAAAGUUGUUUCAACAUGGAAGAAACUCAAUUUUCUUCAGAACUCCUGGUUACAUUCAAGCACAGGUCAUGCAAAACACAGACCGAAGUGCUGCUGCCUCAACAAGCUACGAUCCUGAACUCCCCAACCCAAAAGGUGUAAUCUAUUGUCGCAUAGUUGCUCUAACUCUGAUGGUACUCUUGCUACUCCACGACGCAAUCUCGGUUUUCCUCGGUGAUCACGAUGCUUACACCGUCGCAAUGAUCACUCUGCUGAUGCUUAGAACGGCUGGAAUCGUUAUACCUGUGUACAUCAUCUUGCUGUCCUUAACUGAACUGCUUCAUCGACGCAACCAGCGGCAGAUUUCAGACGCUGCUGCUGCGGUGAACAUCAACCAGCAGGCGCCACAGUCACCGCGGCGACAGCAUGUCAUCAGCAUCCAAUAAGUUCAGAGAUGGAACAUGUGUACGUGUAUAUACAAAGGCAUGUCACUUGGAUGAGGUUUUGGGCUCAAGAUGUGCGAUCAAGAUACGAAGAUAUGCAAGACAUUGGUGUGAUGUGUGAGUAGUUGCUCUUUGUAAAUAUUGUGAAAAAAAAAGUGCAUGCGUAAGCGGCCACUCGCUUCUUAAGUAAAUCAAGAUGAAGUGAGAUUACUGUACAUAAGAAGAAUACAGACAAUACACGAUGAAAAUGGGUACAGCUGAUGUACCUGCUUAAGUUGAAAGUAACAUGAGAUUUUUUUUUGAGGGUAAA